UUGCGGAAAGAGGAAAGAAAUUUAUUCUCGCCAACUUUGUCUAAAAAGGCAGAUUUGGAGUAUGCGUACGGGUGGAAUCGUUAUACAAUGCCAUUUAUGGGAAUUUGGCCAGAAGAUAGAAGUCUCAGUCAAGCUUCGAGUUAUCUAGUGAUAGUUCCCGUUCUAAUGAUGUUUUGCUUCUGUUGUGGACCGAUAUUGGCCAAUUUGCCGUUCGUUUUGGACGACUUUGACGCGGUGGUAGAAAACUUAUCCGCAAACAUAACAAUGUUGAUCUCGAUGUUGAAGACCAUUAUAUUUUGGUCUAACGGUGGACCCAUGAAGACACUCGUAUCAUACAUGACGAGAGAUUGGAACGUGACCACGGAUGAACAAGACCGUAGAACGAUGUUGGGCAUAGCGGACAUCACAAGAAAGCUGUCGAUAAGAAGCACUAUGUUUGCUCAAAGCAUAGUGAUGAUUUACAUGAUGUUUCGACUCUUCGAAAUUCGACAAAACGGUCGCCAGCUGUUCUAUCAAUCGUACUUUCCUUACAACGCGACCAGCAGCCCCUCUUACGAAUUGACUCUUUUCGGUCAAUUCGUGGGCGCUAUGUAUUCGGCAGUUACAUACGCAGCAAUAGAUACUUUCAUUGCCACUUUAGUACUUCAUAUAUGUGGUCAGCUGUCGAACCUACGCCGCGAACUGACAAAUCUGUGCGUCCACACAAGAGCGGAAUUCCAGAUGAAGUUGGGAAAUAUCGUGAGGAAGCAUGAAUAUCUCAGCAGAUUUGCAGAAACGAUCGAAGAUUGUUUCAACAUGAUGCUUCUGAUACAGAUGCUCGGAUGCUCGUUGCAACUUUGUUUCCAGUGUUUGCAGACAUUCAUGUCAAUAAUGGACGAAAUAGUAAUAGACGAAGUAUUCUUCUUAAAAUUCUGUUUCUUGUUGAUCUACGUGACUUACAUAUUGCUGCAAUUGUACCUGUACUGUUACAUCGGCGAGAAACUAUUUGUCGAGAGCACGAAAAUAGCAUAUGCGGCAUAUGACUGCAGUUGGUACAACUUGCCAGCGAGCGAAGUGAGAUCGCUAAUGAUCAUCAUAUGUCGAGCUCGACUGCCAUUAUACAUCAGCGCCGGCCGAUUCUGUUCUUUCAACCAGGAGCUCUUUGGCGAGGUAUGA